UGUCCGACCCGCAUGCGCAACCUGGCUACUGUGAUGGCUGCGUUGGUGUUGUGUCGUCGCCUUGUCAAUCCGUUCGGACAGCGGUUUCCCCUCAAUGAGACUAUCUCAUUCGUACAAACCAGGGAGAAGAAACGAUGGAUGAAAUCUUACAUGUUAUUAAUGGAAAGAAAGAAGAAACUUGAAGGGCCUCCGCCGCCUAAACCCCGUUCGGAGCAACCUAACUGGGACUAUCAUGCUGAAGUUGAGGCCUUUAGUCAUCGUCUUAAUGAGAAUUUCAACCUGGAUCUUCUAAAAACAGCAUUCGUCAAUCCCUGUUACAUCACAUCUGAGGAAGCACGCCGCCGGGAGCUUAGACUGGAAAGAGAGGAGAUCACGUUAAAUCUUAAAGACAACCAUCAGUUAUUUGAGAAAGGUUUAUUGUUAACAAAUACAUACCUCCAAGACUGUUUCCAUAGUACCUAUCCAAACUUACCUGCUGAUGGUGUUAAGGCACUUACUAGUCACCUCACAGGUUCACUGACUGUGUGCAGCGUGGCCAGGAAUUUAGCUGUGGAAGACUUGACACUGAGUGCAGAGUUUCCAGUGCCACAAGAAAUAUUACGAAAGACAUUCUUUGCUGUCAUUGGGGCUUUGCUUGAGACCAGUGGACCUGAAAGAGCUACCAUAUUUGUUAGGGACUUCUUAAUUACUCAACUUAUUGGUAAAGACCUGUUUGAAAUGUGGCCUGUAAUUAAUCCAAUGGGAUUAUUGGUCGAAGAGCUGAAGAAUAGGAAGAUGUCUCUUCCUGAGUCCAGGCUGACGAGGCAGUCUGGAGCAAGCACUGUGCUACCUGUGUAUUUUGUUGGACUGUACAGUGAUAAGCAACUAAUCGCAGAAGGACCUGGUGAAACCGUGCUGUCAGCAGAAGAGGAGGCAGCACGAGUAGCACUGCGUAAAAUUUAUGGCUAUACAGAAAACAGACGACCUUGGGAUUAUUCAAAUCCCACAAAGCAACCCACGGCAGCUAAAGCACUGAGCAAUUAAUGUUCUGGCCUCAUCCCAUCUGACUUGUCAUCAAGUAUUAGUCCUGGUUAUAGGACGUUAACCAUUGCAAAGUGAUGAAUAUUUACAUAGCUGUAAUAAAAACAUUCAAAAUCA